AUGAGACGAACAACCGGGAAGAAAUACAAACAACCUCCCGCUUCCUCAGCCCCAGCCUCGGCCCAGUCAUCGGCCCCACAAUCACACCAACAACAUGCUCACUCAACUGCGCCCCAAGUACAAGUACAAGCACAGACCCCAACUACUACACCAAACACUACACAACCAUUGCCCACACCCUCACCGGCGGCAGCGGCAUCAGCAUCGACGAAGGACACAAGCAUUGCUUCGUCAGCAUCGAAUGCCUCACCGCCAUACUCACCGACUCUAUCAACUUGGUCGUCGAGUUCAUCUUCUUCGACGCCAUCUACACACUCGGCCACGCCACGACGUAACACCAUCUCACCGACCAAUGUCAAUCCAUCACCAGUAACAUUGUCCCCGGCACCCUCGCCCUCAAGAGGCUCCACCACCAGCCAACCGACCAGCUCCCGAGGAGUGUCUCCACAUCGAUCUGCCAAUCCUGUGGCGGCACCCUCUCAAUCGACUCCCAACACGGCCGCGUCAGUAGACAACACCUCUGCGCCACCACCAUCAACCUCGACCACCUCCACUACCACUUCAUCAUCUACCUCAUCAACCUCUACGACGCCAGCCAUUGUGGCGGCAACAGAUUCAACAACAACCACAACAGUAGCAGCCUCCAGCAACGUGCUGAGUAGCAGCAGCAACUCUGUCUCCUCGACGUCGUCCGUGUCGUCCACUUCGAGCUCGACAUCGCAGACACCGUCCAGCGACACCAACCUCUUUGUCUUCCACCUGCCGGCGUUCGUUGACGACAACUACCUCUAUCGGCUGUUCUCACGGUUUGGUCCGUUGCAGAGCGUGCGCGUGAUCACCGACAAGGACACCGGCGAGAACAAGGGCUACGGUUUUGUCAACUUCCGUGAGAAGAAGGAUGCCGUCGCCUCACUGAACGAAAUGAAUGGCAUGCAGAUCGGGUCCAAGUUCCUCAAGGUCAAGUUCAAAGAGAGCCAGGGUCAUCCCACCACCACCGGUGGCAGCAGCAAUACCAAGAGCAACAGCAGCAAUGCUAGUCAGCCAACAACAUCUACUUGA